AUGGGCGUCUCUACCAAACUGGCCGGGGAUAUUCAGGAGGUGGAUGUGAUCAUUGCUGGCGGUGGCACGGCGGCAUGUGUGGUGGCCGGUAGGUUAGCUGAGGCCGAUCCAAACCCCAGCAAUCGCCAAAACCUCAUUGACGCUAAAGAUGACAUCUUGGGCUGGAAUUCCAUCGACAUCUCGUCCGUCUAA